AUGAAGCACGAGCGCAAGGAUACGCGCAAGUCAUCCGACAAGAGAGGGGACAAAAAAGGCUCAGGCAAAUCAGGAUCAGGCGGCAAACGCAGCAACACGCAAAGUCUAUCAAGAGGAAAACAGAUUGCGCGCAUCAAGAAGCAGUCCAAGGCCAAUCGUAUACCAGAGAUCAGCUUUGAUACGGAUGCGCGGCAAGAAUUUCUCACCGGCUUCCACAAACGCAAGUUGGAGCGCCGAAGCAAGGCAAUCAAGAAGCAAGAGGUCGAGGCGAGACAAUCGAUGCUCGAGAUGCGCGCAGAGCUGAGAGCGCAGCGCAAAAGAGAUCUGGAGCAGCGUCUAGAGGCAGCUCGCGCGGAUAUGGGUCUCCCUGCGGAGAACGGCUUUGAUGACGAUGGCGAAGAGAGCAGCAAACGGAGCAAGAAGAAGGCAAGCGUCGGACUAUGGCAAGAGGCAGAGUAUGAGAACGACGACAAGCUCAUCUCGGUGACCAUCACGGAAGACAUUUGA